CUGGAUCCACAUCCUGCAAGGGCCGCUGUGACGAGAAGUACAACUCUCAGAACAUGUGUCACUGCAACUCUAAGUGCUCCCAGUAUGACAACUGCUGCAGUGACUACGAAGCCCUCUGUAAUGGUGAGAGGGGCCUGUGCCAUUCUGAUCUGGAGGCAUGCAAACAAAACCAUGUCCCUGAAACAUAUCACACGGUCUACUACACCUAGGCACAGUUAAUUAUUCAUCUGUUAUCUGUUUGAGCUGCCAUUUUUUCCAUCCUGGAAAAUUAACCACAACACCUGGUGAAAUUCACAUAGUGGUCGAGGUCAAUCACAGUGCACCAUACAGAUACUACUGCAUCAUACGUGAAAGAGUCUUUACUACACAACCUUUGUGAACAAAAUCAACAUACUACAUGUAGCUCAAUGUUAGACAAUAGUCAGUCAUUGGCCUUUCUGAUGGCCACAGUGGCAGGAUGGCUCACCACCAGUGUUUGAAUCAGGGUGCCCUCAGUCUUUUUACAGCAUGAGAAUGCAUGUGUGUGCUUGGCCAGUAGAGGUCAUUGGUGUGCAGUGUAAAGUGCCGCACAUCAUGCACAGCGCAACAAUCUUCAAUAGGCUCCUUAUGUGAAACACAGGACUCUGCAGUUCAUAGUCCUAGCUUAGACAUUCAUGUUAAAAUGUCAAUUUAAGCUAAAACAUAAUAAUAAUGACUUCUCCACUUCGCACCACUCCAGGAUUGUCCUGCCAGGGCCGCUGUGGGGAGACAUACAACUCUCAGAACAAGUGCCACUGCAACAUCAAGUGUGGAGACUACAACAACUGCUGCAGCGACUACACCUCCCUCUGUGGAAGUGAGUUAACUGUUACUCAAACUGUUACACAAAAAGUAUUAUAACCCUGGUAUUUGUCCUGUCGUACAAUAUAAUGAGUUAAUGACCCACAACAGCACUGAAAUGACCGAUAUAAUAUUAAAACAAUGUAAUUACUUCUCUAUGUUACAACAGUAUAAUAUUUGUUAAUGUAAACUGUUCCCCAUGUCUCUGAUACUGUAUGUUCUAUGGGUGGUAGGCAAUUAUAGAUUCUAUGGGUUCUAUGGUGGCAGUCCCUAAAAUAAAGUGUUAUUUUCCCGUGUCUGUUAGGCUCUGGUGGUGGAGAUGGAGGCAGUGACAUCACUGAUGCUGAGAUCAAGUCUAUGUCUGAGGCUCUGUAUGCUCUGGACUCCAACAAGCCCUCUGCGUCAGAGCUGAUCAUUGACUCCCAGGCCAGAGUGCCCGACUCCCAGACCAGCUCCCAGAACGACCUGUCCCCACGCCCGUGAGACACCCUGCCUGAAAAAAAUACUUUCUAUUUUGUUUCUCUUUUCUCUUUCAUUCUCUACUUCUCCAUUUCCAACCAUCUCUUUGUUGUAUUAUUCCUCUCUUCCUCUGUCUCUGUCUUAUGUUAUUUUUCUCUCUUUCUUUCUCCCUCCUUAUAUCUUCAUCCCUCUUUCCCUGUCACUGUCCAACUUCCCCCUUUUCUCUGCCCCUUGCUCUAUCCCUUUCUCUCUCUCUGACCUACAGUAUAUCCUGACUGUGUUGUCUUCCAUCCAGGUUGUUCCAGUUCCUGGACGAGGCGUCUCUGUUCUCCAAGCCGUCAUAUGCUGCCUUCAUGGCCCUGCUGGACAACUACGAGAGAAACACAGGCAUCACAGAGGACUUCACCCCCCAGCAGCUGGCUGAGCAGGAUACCUUCCUCAGGGAGGCCAUGUCCAACACGGAGCUGGGCAGAGAGCUCUAUGCCUUCCUCUUCACCAAGGGUAUAGUAGUAUAGACAUCCACUCUGUGUCCUACUGAGAUAACACUAGCCAGUCUUCAUAUCAUCGUCAUGUCGCUAAGAGCCCUUCUAUCAUUAAUAUGCCAUACUUAUCACAUACAGUAUCUUCCUAGCUUGCACCUACAGUUCAUGUUACAGUAUUUCUAUGAUACCACCCCUUCACAUUUCUAUCUCACUAUUGCUCAUUAUCUCUGAUGUACCUACAGUACCAGUCAAAAGUUUGGACACACCUACUCAUUCAAGGGUUUUUCUUUAUUUUUGAGAUUCUUCAAAUAGCCACCCUUUGCCUUUAUGACAGCUUUGUACACUCUUGGCAUUCUCUCAACCAUCUUCACCUGGAAUGCUUUUCCAACAGUCUUGAAGGAGUUCCCACAUAUGCUGAGCACUGCUUUUCCUUCACUCUGCCUUCCGACUCAUCCCAAACCAUCUCAAUUGGGUUAAUAUCAUCUGAUGCAGCACUCCAUCACUCUCCUUCUUGGUAAAAUAGCCCUUACACAGCCUGGAGGUGUGUUGGGUCAUUGUCCUGUUGAAAACAAAUGAUAGUCCCACUAAGCCCAAACCAGAUUGGAUGGCGUAUCGCUGCAGAAUGCUGUGGUAGCUAUGCUGGUUAAGUGUGCCUUGAAUUCUAAAUAAAUCACAGACAGUAUCACCAGCAAAGCACUCCCACACCAUAACAUCUGCUCCUCCACGCUUUACGGUGGGAACUACACAUGUGGAUAUCAUCCGUUCACCCACACCGCGUCUCACAAAGACCCGGCAGUUGGAACCAAACAUCUCCAAUUUGGACUCCAGACCAAAGGACAAACCUGGAUGGAAGACAACACAGUCAGGAUAUACUGUAGGUCAGAGAGAGAGAAAGGGAUAGAGCAAGGGGCAGAGAAAAGGGGGAAGUUGGACAGUGACAGGGAAAGAGGGAUGAAUAUAAAAUAUAUUUUGAUUUGUUUAACACUUUUUUGGUUACUACAUGAUUCCAUAUGUGUUAUUUCAUAGUUUUGAUGUCUUCACUAUUAUUCUACAAUGUAGAAAAUAGUAAAAAGAAAGAAAAACCCUUGAAUGAGUAGGUGUGUCCAAACUUUUGACUGGUACUGUAUAUGUCCAAACAUCUAUCUCCAUGUAAAGAAGGUGUACCCAAAUGCGCUUCAGCCCAGCUUGAACAAAAAAGGGAAUCAGGUGUUCGACUGAGGGACUUGAAUGUGGUAUGGAAUGUUGUUUGGACCUAUCUCCAUUUGUAAUGUGUCAGUUUGCUAUUCUCUCCUCCCCAGGACGCUACAGCUCAGAGGAGGAGUUCCUCCAUGACCUGAAGAUGAUGUGGUUCGGCCUCUAUUCCCGCUACGCUGGCAAGAUGGACUCCAGCGGCUUUGAGCACAUUUUUGCAGGUGUGAUAUGUGUGUGUGUGCAUAUGUUUGUGUGUGUGUGUAAAAAUGUGGUGUGUGUCUAAUUUUGUUAGUGUGCAAGCGGGUGUGUGUGUUUAUAAAGUGUAUCUUUUUUUAUUUUAGGGGAGAUUAAGGGUGGGAAGAUAUCUGGCUUCCACAACUGGCUCCAGUUCUACCGGCUGGAGAAACAGGGUCUGAUUGACUACUACAGCCACAGCUUCGAUGGACCUGUAAGCACCAAACAAACCAUCACAUUCACAACACAACCAUGUAAUCAUAACAUAAUCAUAACACAAAGUCUCCAAAGACUGAGAUCUCUCUCUCUCUCUCUCUCUCUCUCUCUCUCUCUCUCUCUCUCUCUCUCUCUCUCUCUCUCUCUCUCUCUCUCUCUCUCUCUCUCUCUCUCUCUCUCUCUCUCUCUCUCUCUCUCUCUCUCUCUCUCUCUCUCUCUCUCUCUCUCUCUCUCUCUCUCAGUGGACUUCCUACCCUGAUGUUCUGGGGAUGCAGUUCAUGUGGGGUGGCUACUUCAAGCAGGUUGGUUCUUCCAUCAUUGGCUGCAGUCCUGAGUUCGACUUGGCCGUGUACAGUCUCUGUUACAUCACCCGUCCAGGGAAACAGUGAGUACUCCGUUCGUGUGUGUGUGUGUGUCAUUUAUUUUUCAUGAUCUACCAAAGAUGAUGUACACACAAUACAUAGCCAUUGCUGUUCUGCACUUCUAUCCAUUUUGGAACGUGUGUCACGUUAUGUCUCAUUAUGUGAGUGUGUGCUUGUGCCAUUGUGUGUUAUGUUUUCAUCUGGUUUUCUAUGUGCAGGUGUAAACUGAGCCUGGGAGGGAAGCCACUGGUGAUCCAGACCUACACCUGGGAUAAAUCCUCCUAUGGGAAUGGGAAGAAGUACAUCGGCUCCGCCUUCCCUGCCACGCCC